GUCUGCAGCUCAUAAGCAUUCAUGUGAAACCAGCUGGUUACUAUACAUUUUAGGCACUUUAUGAUCUGAGCAGAGAUGAAUGUUUAUGACAGCCUUUACUUUGGAAUGAAAAACACAUCAAUUAUGUGUGAGGCAGCAAAUUUGACAGGUUUAAGCUCUGCCCCCAGCUGGGUGAACUAAAGCAGGAAACAGUUUGUGAUCGUUGUUUCCUGCAGAGACUCCCAGACAAUCAGAUUCACCUUCAGACCAAACUAGCAGCUUCCUCUCAGUGAGUCCAGCUGCAGGAGAGAAAAGUGGAAACCUCCAACUCUGCUGCUUCAAGCUGCUCACACUGAAGGUGAGUUGGACCAAGAACACUUUGAGGGAAGUUAGUAGAGAGAGGGAGCCGUGACUGACUGGACCUUCUCUGUUUUCAGCUUCAUUCAAAGACAAAAUGGCUUCCAGGUUAGAGGAGGAUCUCUGCUGUUCAGUCUGUCAGGACGUCUUUAAGGAUCCGCUUGUUCUGUCAGGUAGCCACAGCUUCUGUAAGGAAUCUCUGAAGAGCUGGUGGGGAGAAAAACCAUCAAGAGAUUGUCCAGUUUGUAAGAGGAGAUCUUCAAGGUCUGAUCCACCUUUAAAUCUGGUUCUGAAGAACCUGUGUGAGACUUUCUUACAGCAGAGAGAUCAGAGACUUUCAGAGGAUCUCUGCAGUCUGCACGCUGAGAAACUCAAACUCUUCUGUCUGAACCAUCGAGAUCCCAUUUGCUCCAUCUGCAGAGAUUCAGAAAAACACACCAACCACAGAUUCAGACACAUUGAUGAAGCUGCUCAGCAUCACAGAGAGAAACUUCAAGAAACUCUGGAGCCUUUAAAGAAGAAACUGGAGCUCAGGAAGGAAAUUAAAGAGAAGUUUCAUAAAACAGCAGAACACCUGACGGUCCAGGCCCGACACACAGAGAGGCAAAUUGUUGAGCAGUUUAAGAAGCUUCAUCAGUUUCUAGCAGAGGAAGAGGAGGCCAGGCUGGCUGCACUGAGGGAGGAAGAGGAGCAGAAGAGAGGGAUGAUGAAGGAGAAGAUGGAGGCUCUGAGCAGAGAGAUAGCAGCUCUUUCAGACACAGUCAGAGCCACAGAGGAGGAGCUGAGAGCUGCAGACGUCUCAUUCCUGCACAACUACAAGGCUGCAGUGGAAAGAGUCCAGCGCUGCCCCCUGCUGGAGGAGCCACAGCUGCCCUCAGGAGCUCUGAUAGACCAGGCCAAACAUCUGGGCAACCUGGCCUUCAACAUCUGGAGCAACAUGAAGAACAUGGUGACCUACACUCCUCUGAUUCUGGACCCAAACACGGCUCAUCCAGGACUCCACCUGACUGAAGAUCUGACCAGUUUGACUCCAGGAGAGGAACAGCAACUUCCUUAUAAUCCAGAGAGAUUUGAGGUCGAGUGGUCGGUCCUGAGCUCUGAAGGCUUUAACUCAGGGAAGCACAGCUGGGAUGUUGAUGUUGGAGAUGGUGGAGACUUGGAACUUGGUGUGAUAGCAGAGUCUAUCCUGAGAGAGGGAAAGAUAGAGUCUGGAUUGUUGCUUCUGUGUUUCUAUGAAGGAAAAUACAAAACAUGGUCUCCUCCAGCUCGUCCCACAUUUCUCUCAGUCCAGAAGAAACUCCAGAGGAUCAGAGUGAAUCUGGACUGGGACAGAGGAAAGAUACCGUCCUUUGAUCUGGAUACUAACACAAACACACACACUUUCAGACACACCUUCACUGACAAGAUGUUUCCGUACAUCAGCACUUUGUGUAAAGUAAAACUCUUACCAAUGAAGAUCUCAGCGGUCAAACAGCAGCUCUGAGGUUUUCAGCAUGAAGAUCAAAAAGUCCAAAUGAAACUUUAUUGAUCAGUUUAAAACUGGACUGAUGUUCUGGUUCUUGACUCUGUAACUGGAUGUUGGACUUCUUAACCCACUGGACAUCUUCAUCUGUCAUCUUGAACACUGUGUCCUCAGCCCACUGAUGGACUUCUUCACCAGCAGUCGACUUUCCAGGUUCAUCCUCAACAUCUUUAGCACAGCAGUGGAGAUGGUCACCAGGCUCACAUACCUUGGGGUUCACAUCUCCAACACCAGGUGGCAGAAAGGACGGGUCGGUCUCCAACAUUAGGGAUUGCUUCUACAGCUGAUUGGUGGAGAGCAGACAGACUUCCUGCCAGAGAAGCAGGAACAUUUCUGGAACAUGUACCAGAGUCAAUGGAGCGACGGAGACCUGCAUGUCCCCAACAACCCUGCACAUGGACUGUCCACCUGGAUGAGAAACAUCUUUUCCCCAGAUGCUGUGAAGCUGCUGAAAUGUUGUUUAUGAUAAACUGAACUCAGUUUCUGGGUGUAAAACCUUUGUUUUUUUUUAACAAAAUUGAUUUGGAUUGAAUACUUUAGUUGAAACUCUGA